GCUGGUAGCAGUUUGAUUGUUGUUGUACUGGUGGAGGGGGGAAUGCCACAGAAAGCUGGCUCCCAGACAGAAGCUGCUGAAGUUAAAGGAUAAACUUGGCAUCUCGUCAGAAUUGCCUUAAAUAUAAAAUCUUAUGAAUCCCGUGAGACUUGACUAUGAAUGCUUCAGUUGCACAUAAAAAGAGCAUCCAGUGAGGUCAUCUGAACUCAAGAACACCGUCAAAAAGGCACAUACAUUUUCCCUAGUGGGUCCAAAAUAGCCAUGGAAGGAAGCCAACAAACAACCCUUGUUAAAAUCAGUGAAGACAAAUGCAUUUCGAAGUCUGAACUGUUAAUGCUUCUCAAAACCUACAACUGCUACCAAGAAGGGAAAAGUUUCCAGUUAAGACACCGAGAGGAUGAAGCACAGCUGAUCAUUGAGGGCCUUUUGAACAUAUCCUGGGGACUAAGAAGACCAAUAAGACUUCAGAUGCACGAUGAUAAUGAACGUAUGUGUUUCUCGGGCUCCAAACUGCUACGAUCAGGACUACAGACCGGCUUGUACAAGAAAGGAACACCGCAGACCUUGGCAAACACCAGCUCAGCCGAACCUGAAAAAGAAUCGACCACUAACAAUGAUCUGCCACAAAGUAUGAGCAGCAGCAGCAGCGUUGUUGAGUCUGAGACCAACAAUUCUGAAGAGGAAGUUCCUCAGCUCAUGAGAACAAAAAGUGAUGCCAGCUCUUUGAUACAGCGCAGAUCAAAAUGUCGCACGCUGUGCGAAAAUCAACGCAUUAAACGGCACAGGUUCUCCAUCAAUGGACAUUUUUACAAUCACAAGACAUCUGUGUUUACACCAGCUUAUGGAUCUGUAACCAAUGUCCGAGUAAAUAAUAGCAUGAACACUUCAGAAGUCCUGAAUUUAUUGCUCAACAAAUUUAGGGUGGAAAACACUGCAGAUGAAUUUGCUCUGUAUGUUGUCCAUGAAAGUGGAGAAAGAACCAAAUUAAAAGAUUCAGAAUACCCACUCAUAUCACGGAUCUUACAUGGCCCUUGUGAAAAGAUAGCACGAAUAUUCCUGAUGGAGAAGGAUCUUGGGGAAGAGGUCACCUACGAUGUUGCUCAGUAUAUUAAGUUUGAAAUGCCAGUCCUUGAUAGUUUUGUUGAAAAACUGAAGGAAGAGGAAGAAAGGGAGAUUAAUAAACUAACUAUAAAAUACAGUGCACUGAAAUCCAUGAUACAUCAGCAGUUGGAAGACCUCAUAGAGACCGAAGACUAUAUUUGAACUUCCUGCAUCGUUAAAAAUGUUGAAGCACUAGGAAUCCAGUUUGGAUGAGUUAUUUCGAACAAUGAACUUAAAGCAAAAGUUUUGUUUUACAUUUUCAAUUUGUUAAAAAAUUACA